CACAGAGGAAAUGGCUCAGUCCCCGGCCCUACGGACGGAAUAUCUUGUGUCGGGCAUGCGGACUCCCCCUGCCAGGAGGAACAGCAAGCUGGCCACGCUGGGCCGGAUCUUUAAACCAUGGAAAUGGAGGAAAAAGAAAAGCGACAAGCUCAAACAUUCGCCUGCAGGUCUGGAGAAGAAGAGCAGCACCAAGCAGAACCGUGAUGAGGUCAUUAGGAAAGGACUGAUAGAGAUUGUAGAUAUAGAUCCUGAUUCUAAAGAGAGCCCAUCAGAGGACACCACGACUGAGGACUUCAGUGAUUAUCCCUCUCCAACAAGCCAAGCACCUUCCCCUGAAGAGACCCUGCAAGAAAUCUUAUCCGCAGCAAAUAUCAACUCCCUGGAUGAGGACCAGCAUGAAGAAGAGGAAGCAAGUAAAAUGCAGAUGACGUUGGAAGAAGAGCUGAAGGACUCUGUGGAGAAGACAUUACAAGCCUUACUGCUCACUGAAUCUCUAGAGUCUCCACCUCCAGAGAGAAAAACACAACACUCCUCAGCAGCCCUCCGCUACUUCCAUUGAUCCAGCCUAAGCUAUCCACAUGGGUAAACCAGUGUGUACCAGGUACAGAAAUGGAAGACAUCACCUCCCCUCCAGCGGGCAUCAUGAAAAUUCCUGCCUCCGUUGGCUCCUCCCAUAUCUCAGGACACACCAAUCUCUUCCAGCCAUCUGGCCAGAAAAUCUCAGAAAACAACGGUUCAGUGAUGAAGGGACAGAACCCGACUCCAAAAGGCUCCCCAAUUCUGCCUGCCAUGCAUAUGCCUUUACCUCCCAGCCGAGUCAUUGAGGAACUCCACCGGGCACUGGCCACCAAACACCGCCAAGACAGUUUUCACAGUCGGGAAGUGAAGUCUUCUCCAAAGAAGAGGGGGUGGAAUUUCGAACCUCACGGACCUCCAGCACUGAGAAGAGCAGAGACAGCUCCACUGAGAGCGACUGUGAAAACAAGUGCGGCUCAGUAAAAGAAGCCGAGGAAAACAAAGAAAACUUGAUCAGGGAUUCCAGCCAUAAAGACAACGUGCUGUUAUAUGAGGAUGAAGAUGAACUCAACAGCUCUGUUAUCUCUGGCACUUUGCCUAGAAAGUACAAAAAGGAAUUGUUAGCGGUAAAGCUGAGGAAUCGACCCAGCAAGCAAGAAUUGGAGGACAGGAACAUCUUCCCGCAAAGGACGGAUGAGGAGAGGCAGAAGAUAAGACAGCAGAUUGAAAUCAAGCUUUCAAAGUAAGUGAAU